UAUCCCACAAUGCAUCUCGUUUCUUCAAAAAGAGGCGCGUCAAGAUGGCGGACACAGCUCUUGAAACAUCUGCAGAGGCUUUGAUGAGCCUGAGAAGUGCAGGGAAGGCUAAGCUUUCCCCGUCACCGGCCCCUAGUCCGAGUAAGGCAUCACCAUCGAGGACUACUCCAUCCGUGCCAAGGAGAGGGCAUCCCACAAGAAUCCGGAAGAAAAAUCGGAGGAUAUUCAACGAUGAUGAGGACACAUCCAUGUCUCCCAUUAGGGCUUCACCGAGCAAAAAAAUUAAGAUGUCGCCAUCUCAAAGAACACCCACAAAACUGAAUAUAUCAAUCCCAACGCUCGUAUCCCCGCCCCGUCCUAGUGCUUCCAAGUCUUCUGCCCAUAAUCCCUCCCCCGCUCCGAUGCCGUCCAAGCCGUCUUCAUCCGCCAGCACCGCAGCAGGGGGAAGCGGCCAUGUGUCUUACAAGAAGUCCGCCCAGAAGCUGGGACAGCGCCUCAAGAACCUACUGAAAUUGCCCAAGGCGUACAAGUGGUGCAUCUAUGAAUAUUUCUACUCAAACAUUGACAAAUCAUUAUUUGAAGGAGAAAAUGACUUCAAGAUUUGCCUGAGGGAGUCCUUUCCGCAGCUGAAGCAACGUAAAUUGACCAAAGUGGAAUGGUGUAUAAUCCGCAGGUUGAUGGGCAAGCCUAGAAGAUGUUCGCCAGCAUUCUUUGAGGAGGAGAGGGCAGCCCUGGAAGAAAGAAGACAAAAGGUCAGGAUGUUACAACACAGGAAAGGUCAAGAACUUGACCUUUCAGAGGUCAAAGAUCUCCCGGAUGAGAUCCCAAUACCCCUAUGUAUUGGCACAAAGGUUACAGCUCGUUUGAGAACGCCCCACGACGGUCUGUUUACAGGCCAGAUAGAUGCGCUAGAUCCUGUAGAGGCUACCUAUAGAAUAACGUUUGACAGACCUAACUUUGGAACGCAUUCUGUUCCGGACACUGAAGUACUUAGUACUGAAGAACAAGAAACUGUAUCGUUGACAUCCUUCCUACAAAAACAGAGACCGAGACCAAAUUAUUUCACACCUCUUAGACCUGGUCUUGAUGUACUGUUAUCGCCUAGUCUCGACCAUGACCCUAUGCUAGGACUGUCUCCACUGAGGGGGAAACUGCAAGGUGGAGAGGAGCAGAUGUUAGGGGGAUUCCCCGUCUCGUUUCUUCUACAUGUGACAAAGCUAUCUAAGAUCCUAGGAUACAAGAAGGAUCUUGUUCAACAGAUGAAGGAAAUGAACACAGAAGCAGAAAGAUUGAAAUCUCUUGGUCAGACCUACUCUGAUGAUUUCCAGCAGAGGUACGCAAUCAACGUUCUUGAAGUGGAUAAACUGAACACAGAUCUCAACAAGUAUCUAAUGGGUGUACAGAAGUACUGUCAGGAGUUACUGUUAGUAUGA